CUGCGUAGUGUGUUUAGUAGAGUGUCACAUGCGUCAGCACAUGGCUGCCUGAUAUCAGGAGCACCUGGUGCUCUCCUGAUUAAUUAAUCCACCAUCUACUUUCCAACGCGACAACGACAUUUUGUAAGUAUUACAAUGUAUCGAGGGGAAAAAGGUAAUGACGCUACGCACUAAAUAUUAUGGACAAUAGAGGAAGACGACAACUCACACACCCAGAGCUAAGGAAGAGACAUGCACCGAACAACAUGGACCAGCUUGCUUUCAAAUGCAUGAUGUGUAAAAUGGAGUCCAGCACUGAUUCUGAAUCCGAGAUCAGUCCAAGAUGGUCAGACACCAGCACUAUGGGAUGUGCAAGCAGUGCACCGGAGAGUCAGGCUUCUCGGAGAACACUGCCAUUAACCCACAAGCCUGCAUUAAAGCAUGGCUGCUAUUCUUUGUUUUUGGAUCCAUACGAUGGGAGCUCUGAAGAUUCUGACGAGUCAAACGCCAAUGGGGGUGUCUCUGGCAGGCGAACAAGACAGCAGGGACGAGGUGGAGGAGGUAGUGGAAGUCGCUUUUUGUGCAGGAGCAAGAGGUUCAUCCUUCACCACCCUGCCUCUUCUGCCCUCAGAGAAGUAGUGAAGACAAGAAUGAGAAAUCCUCUGACCGAGCCGCAACAUCUUUUGGAUGUCCCGAUGAAAUGUGGGAGUGACUCAGAGCUGUGGUUUUGUGAGCUUGACAUAGAUGGGGAUGAAUGCAGAGAUCUCAAAGAUCCACUAUCCAGUGAUUCAUUAAUGCACAACCAAGCUAUGGAUAUAGGGCUUUGUUGUCAAUUGUAUGAUUCAAGUUUACACACUACAAGACCCUGCACGCCUCAAACACUUGGACCUGUAACACCAGUGGGCAUGAUUUCAUCCCAUAUCCCUGAGAGCUCCUCAGAAAGAUCUCCAAGCCCCUGCAACCUCCAAUCAUUGAACAAGAGAAAGCUGGGAUUCCCUGGAGGUGAGGUGGUGGAGCUGGGGCAAAGAAAGAAGCAAUGCGUUUACAACAUGGAGGACUCUGCAUCUGAACCAUGUUAGAACCAAAUAACCAAUAACACUCUGAGAUACUUUACUACUUUAAGCAAUAAUGCCUUUAUAUCAAUGUAGAAUUUAAUUCUACAGUUACUUAAAAUGCACCUUUUCAAAUGUUUGGAGAAACUAAUGAAGCAACCUGGGUCUAACAGCCAAAGAAAAACCUACUGUUUGCCCAUUUUCCUGUUUACAAAUAUAAUAAAAAAAUCUUUAUUGAAGAAAAUUAA